AGGACUGUAUGUUGAAUUUGGAUGCAGCAACAGCAAAGUCCUCAUACCAAUUUAGCUGAAUACAAUGAAGCAGAAGAGAUUUCUGUGAUUAGGGCAUAAGAAAAAUUAAGAGCUGCAGAAGACAGAAGAAGACAUGCAAAAAUCUCUUCAAGAAAAUGUUUCAGUAGAGACAGAUACUUCUCCUAGGCAGGUCUAGUUAGUGCUCAAUUACUUAAUAAUACAGAUUAACGCUAACAUUACCUUUAAUAAAUAAUAACACAUCUCGUUACAGUUAGGAAGUCGUGAUUUGAUAGUCUCAAAGAUUUCCUACUUUGGUAAGUUCCUGCUUUUUUCUCUCUAGGCAGAUAAUUAUUUAGCAGUUUCCAAAGUAGCCUGCAGGAAAUGCAGGUGCCUACGGCCCUAAUUCAUGCUUUUAAUUGAAUGCAAUUAAUCAAUUGAACCAAGCAGCUAAAUUGCUACUUGAGAAAGGAGGAUCAAUUGGUGACACAGAGUAGGAUGGACAAGCCAGGUGUCUGCAGCUCUAGGAAAUUAUUUGGUUUUGGGUUUGUACACCUAAACUCUCCACCUCUCAAAUGGGAUAUAAUGGUAUAGAAUAUUUCAUUUGGAAGGGACCUAAAAUGAUCAUCUGUCUCACACCAGUAAUGUAAAGAUUUAGGGUGUUUCAUGAAUCUUAAUUUAAAACACAGUGGUGAGCUCCAUAGGAAAACUGAUAAGAAAAGGAAUAGUAAGGGCCUUGGUUAGCUCCUUAAGAGUACUCCCUCGGAUCUUCUUGUAUGUAACAUGCAAGUUAAAAAUUGUUAUUUAGAAAGCAAUGUAAGGAGGAAAAGAGGAAGAAAUAGGUGUUUAGGAAAAAAAAGAAACAAAGGAACCAGUUUUUUUAAAGUUGAAUUAAAAAAUAGAAGGGGAAAAAAGCAUACUCAGCAGGAAAUAUGAAAGAGAGUAGAAGUAAUUCUUAAAGUUUCUUCUUUUUACCCUCCCUUAGGACUUCUGUUCUGCCCACACCUCUGACAGUCAUCACUGAGACACUUUUUUCUGAAAAAGAGGAAGGAAAAAACAUCAGCAGCUGUCCUGGGUUCUCAGUGACAAAGUGAGCGAAGAAAGGGAAGUGUUCCUGACUUCUCUGCUGACCUGGAGAGAGCAGGACUGCUGUGCCUGGCAGGGAGAAGCUGCAGCCCGGGGAGGAUGGGAAUGCUGGUGAGAGCAGCUGUGCUUCUAAGUCCCCUUCUCUUCUGCAAUGCUUUUCUGAACCUGACUGGCCCCAGUGAGCUUGAAGGCGUGUGGAAGGGAUCUACCAUCCUGCCAUGUGCCUAUGUGCCUGUGAAGGACUUGGUGCAGCAAACGCUCACGUGGACUGUGGUACAUGACCAGAGCUCUGGCACCAUCUUUCGGAGGGAUGAUUCUGGCGACCACGUUCUCCUGUCUGAGUACAGGGGCAGGGUCAGUGUCCUGAAGGACGCCCCAGGGAAUGUGUCUCUCCACAUCCUCAACCUGGAGAUCUCUGACAGGGGAACCUACACUUGCCAGGUCACCUGGAAAGCCAGCAACAACACGCUGAUAGCAAAAGAGAUCACCACUAAAGUGGACGUUGUCAAAGUUGCAGCGACCAAGCCCGUCAUCAGGGCCAGCGAGCCGGGGCUGACUUUCGCGCCAGGAGCCAGGACCAGCCUGACGUGCGUGGCCAGCGGGUCCCCCCCCAUCAGCUACCGCUGGUUCAGGAGCGGCCCGGGGGGGGAAGCCCGGCUCCUGAGCAGCCAGGCCGAGCUGGCGUGGGACAGCCUGCAGCCCUCCGACACCGGCACGUACUUCUGUGAGGCAGAAAACAGGGUUGGGGCCAGGGCUGUGCAGCAGAGCGACGCCGUGGAGCUGACGGUGAGCGGUGAGUCCCCGGCCUACAGCCGCACGAGGCUGAGGCAGCGAGCUCCCUCCUUCACAGCGCCAUCAGACCUGUAUAACACUAAAUACAAACCGUGUCUUGACUGCCACGCAACGAGGAAGCCACGGGGGUUGGCGUCCUUUCUGCUCCAGAGCACGUCUGAUCGCAGCAGGGGUCAGGGAAACAUCCCCCGUGCCCCCCCGGGACCAGGACCCUGCAGGAUGGGAGCCCGGCUCUGGCCGUGCCUUGCUCUGACCGGGCUUGUGCUGCGGAGGGGUGGGGGAAGCAGCCUGAGGCCCCGUCUCUCCCACAGAGCGCCCGGUCACACGGCAGCCCAGCCCCGAGGCCGGCAGGCCCCAGCCCACCCCCCGAGGCGAUGUGCCCCAGCGAGUGCCCACAGUUCAAGUCUAUGAAGUAAAAGACCAUAACUUGAGAGCAGCAGCUUCUUCAAGAUGUGAAAGUGCAGGUCAUUACGAGGAACCCAUUUGCUCCACCGAAAACAACUAUGUGAUGGAGCACAUGGUAAACAAAAGAUCUCAAGAAAUAAGUACAGAAAAG